AUGCGAUUAAAAUCAGUUUCUACACAAUUAUAUCGCUAUUACACAUCUAGUUUUCUCUGGAAAUUCUCAAAAUAUCCUAGUAGAUGUUUGUAUACAUAUCCGUCGAGUACUCGCAGAGUCCUUUGGAGUUUGGACACAAUCCAGCCUAAAAACGUUUUUUGUUCAGAUACUGUAACUAACCCACAGUCAACAUUGCCAGUUUCUGUCACAUCAGAUAACUCUGAAUUGUCAGGUGAUCAAGAUGAAAUUAAAGGAAAGAUGUACAUUGAAUUCACAUGCAAGAAGUGCACUACUCGAUCAAGUAAAUAUUUUUCUAAGUUGGCUUAUGAAAAAGGCAUAGUUAUAAUUCGUUGUGAUGGGUGCCAAAGUUUGCAUCUAAUUGCUGAUAACCUGGGAUGGAUUAAAGACAAACAUUGGUUGGUUAUUCUUUCAUUUUGUAAAGUUAUUGUUAUUAAUUAUAGGAAAUUAGAGGAUUGCGUAAAAGUUAAUAAAAAAUCAGUAUGUAUAGCUUAA